UAGGAGCAAAACCCAUGAAAGCAUUUUGUGUAAACGAGGUUAGGACGGAAAGCUAUCGCUUUGUGGGGUCCAAGCCUUAAGUACAUGCUGGCAAUCUCAGACUUCCCGAAACUGAUAUGGAUACAGCGAAAAGCAAAUAUCUCGCGAAAUUUUAUAGAAGAUCGCGAAACACACGGCAUCCAUGUCCAUGCAUUAUCUUAAUCUUGUGGCAAGUCUACAUUCCCAGUCACACCAAACAGAUUUUUGCAACUCCAAUGCUUAGCCCCAAGACCUUAGUUCUCGCAUUGGCCACUUCUGUGCUAGCACUCGACACAAAGUUGUUUAUCAGACUGGCAGGUGGCAGUCAAAGCUUGGGGAGCUUGUCCUACGACGCUGCCACCCAGGAAGCAGAGUUCGCCAUCAAUGAGGCUCUCGGACCAGUUCCUGAUUCCGUCUACUGCAUAAGCAAUUCUGAAUACGGCCCGUGUGUGGCGUACAAACGUUUAGCAGCGCCGCUUAACGAAGUCUUGGUGAUACACUUAGACGCCGACCACAAUAUCGACCAGCUCAGUCUUGUUGGGUCUGGCGCUGCAAGUGAAGCCAAUACUGUGGUGACGUUGAUGAAAGGACCGAACUCCGGUGCCCAGCCAAUUCUCAAAUCUAGCGCUGUGAACCCAGAAAUCGGCAACGAGGGGCAACCCGUUCCGGAAGGGGAUCUCAAAAAGCAGGAAAAAUCGUUUAUUCAGCAAAACUGGAUGUACAUCGUGCCACCAUUAGUAAUUUUGUUCAUGAUGUUGCCCCAGGAGGAGGAGGUUAAGAGGUAAGUGACUUUUGUACGGCUCAGUGAGUCGGAAGAGCCCCUCUGAGGCUAUGACUGUUAUACAGCGUCUGUCAAACUGACAAGUACAAUGGCUUUA